GUCUCCCUCUCUCUUUCUCUCUCCACCUCUUAUAACCCCAAAAGAAUAGAAGAAGAGAAGAAGCAAACAAGGAAGGAGAAGAGGAGAAAAGAAGCAGAUCGUAAGGCCUAGGGUUUCCAGCGCCAUCUUGAUUUGUCAUUGCUUCUGGAGAGAAAAAUGGCCGGCUUGCUCGGCGGCGUUGACCUGAACUUCAAGGAGACCGAGCUGUGCCUCGGCCUGCCUGGUGGCGGCGGCGGGGCAGAGGUGGAGGCUCCAAGGGCCACCGGGAAGAGAGGGUUCUCCGAGACCGAGGUGGACCUCAAGCUCAACCUUCAAGCCAAGGACGCUUCGUCAGUGGUGGAUCUCAAGGAGGCCAUGAAGAGUAACGAGAAGACUCUUCUUGCUGGUGCUAGUCCCGCUAAAGAUCCUGCAAAGCCACCUGCCAAGGCUCAGGUGGUGGGUUGGCCGCCAGUGAGAUCGUACAGGAAGAACAUGAUGGUAGCUCAGAAGAGCACCGACCCUGAGGAGGAGAAAGAGAAGGCUGCGGCUGCAGCAUUUGUGAAGGUGUCCAUGGAUGGAGCACCUUAUCUGCGCAAGGUCGACCUCAAGAACUACAGCAGCUACAAGCAACUCUCUGAUGCUCUGGGCAAGAUGUUCAGCUCCUUCACCAUGGGGAGCUAUGGUGCGCAAGGAAUGAUAGACUUCAUGAACGAGAGCAAGCUGAUGGACCUGCUGAACAGCUCUGACUAUGUGCCGACUUAUGAAGACAAGGACGGUGACUGGAUGUUAGUGGGCGAUGUUCCAUGGGAGAUGUUUGUCGACUCGUGCAAGCGUCUGCGCAUAAUGAAAGGGUCUGAGGCAAUAGGGCUCGCACCAAGAGCAAUGGAGAAGUGCAAAAGCAGAAGCUGAGCAGCCUACCCCUGUGCUGAUCAGUUCUAAUCCUCUGGAGGAGGCAGGCUCUGGCCAGAGAUUCCAUGGAUCGAAGACCAAUGGUGCUCCUUUUUACCCGUCCUUCUCUGUACUCUCAUUGUUUUAGCUCGCUCGUACAUACAUAUCAAAAGAUGUGGUGAUUUGUAAUGCAACAAGAGGCAAUAAACUUUAGCUUGUCUGAUGUUUUUCUUCCUUUUUCAUUUUUUAUUUUCAUUUUCCCUCUUUUUUAAUGUUGUUUUUUGUUCUCGUGGGCUUCACCAGAAUGGCUUGCUUAAAGACACGCUAUUUUCCUAUUCUUCUAUUUCCCUACUGUCAUCACUGUCACGGUUGUUGGGUGUUUUAUUCCUCCAGAUAUAUAAAUAUUUAUUUUCCAUCC